AUGAGUCACGCCUACAUCCAAGAGCUCCACAUAGCUAGCCUCGCCGUGCAACGAGCUGCACUCCUCACAAAACAACUGCUAUCAGCUGUUGAUAAGGGUUCCCUAAGCAAAAGUGAUGCAUCCCCCGUGACAAUCGCCGACUUCGCCGCCCAAGCCUCCAUUAUCGCCGCAAUUCAUCACACCUUCCCAGACGAUGACAUCGUAGGCGAAGAAGAUGCCACAGCUCUCCGCGAGAACCCCGCCCUCCUCGAGCGAACAUGGGAGCUCGCCACAUCCGUCCACUUAGACGACGAAGCAAACGAGGCCCUCCUAUAUACCCCACAAACCCGAGAGGAGCUACUGGACUUGAUUGAUCUCGGAGCCCGCGGCGAAUGCAGGCACGGCCGCCGGGCAUGGACCCUGGAUCCCGUAGACGGGACUGCUACCUAUAUCCGCGGACAACAGUAUGCUGUCUGUCUCUCGCUUGUGGAAGACGGCGUACAAAAAUUGGGAGUGAUCGGCUGCCCGAACCUUCAGCUUGGUUCUGGACCUGUCUCAGAAGAUCUGGUGGAUCGGGAUGGAUACGGACAGCUUUUAACUGCGAUCGCAGGACAAGGCGCUUUCAUUCAACCUAUGGGUACUGGAGCCCUUUUACCUGGGAAACAACUCGACCCGGUACUACAAAUUACAGAAACUAGCGAAAUCCGACUAGUUGAUACGCAAGAGUCAAGCUCACAACGACUAGACGCGCAUGAGAAAAUCGCAGCGCAUUUAUCGUGUCCUUGGCCUAAUACCGUUGACCUUUGGUCCGCGCAGAUGCGAUACAUAGCUAUCGCUGUACAGGGCGGGUGCAAUUCAUUCAUCAAAGUGCCUAGUAAGGCGACAUACCGAUCUAAGAUCUGGGAUCAUUCGGGUGGGAUGUUACUUGCGCAGGAGCUUGGGUGUGUGGUGACAGAUCUGGAAGGCAAAUCAGUAGACUGUGGCUUAGGUCGGACUUUGGCUGAUUGUCACGGUAUGGUUGUGGCGCCUACAUCUAUUCAUGGUCAGAUUCUUGAGGCUGUUCGUGUUGUACGGCAGUCAAUCGAGUAA